AUGAAUUUUAAUUACGAAGAAAGAAUAACUGCUUGUAUAGUGACAUUCGAUACUAAAUCUUUACCAGUUUCAAUUCUACGUAAUUCUAUUCAACAUUGGUUUACACCUAUUAUGGAUAAUUAUCAUAAUGAAAUGAUUACCACUUCUACAAAUACUACUAAUACUACUAAUAAUAUUAAACACUAUUGGACAAAUCAAACACAACAACAACAACAACAAUUAAACACACAUAAUAUGGAUCAGUCAUUCAUUACACCUAUACAACAGUCUAUUAACUUGACAACACAUAAAUUAAUAUCUAAAUUACCUUUAACUAAUUUUAAUCUCGAAUCAAAUAAUGAAUCAUUUAAUUUAAAUGAAAAAUAUUUCAAUUCUGAAAUAAUUAAUUCUAAUACAAUACAAUUAUGUAAUGCCUCAAAUUAUACCCUUAAUCAUCAUCAAUGUAUACCAAUGGAUUACAAUACAUGGUCGAGUUCAGUAUUUAAUAACAAUGAUAAUAAUACUAAUACUACUGAUAGUAAUAAUAGUAGUCAUCUUAAUGAAAAUGAUUACGAUAAUAGUAGAUAUCCCAAUGCAAAUCUAUUGAAAUCUCUUCAUAAUGAUAUGAAACAUAAUCAUAAUAUUAUAUUACCAUUCAAUACAAACUUAAUACAAUCAAAUAUCUUAAUGAAUAAUAAUAAUAGAAAUUAUGAUAAUUCUAAUGAAUUCUUAUAUGAUUUAGAUAAUGAAUCAUCAAAUGGUUCAAGUAUUUCAUUCAAUAGUAAUGAUACUACUACUAAUACUACUACUAAUAUACAUAAUAGAAUAAGAUCAUUAUCUACAAUAAGAUCAAAUAAUAAAUUAUUAUAUCGAUCAAAUCGUAUUAAAAUUAUGAAUAUAAGAAAAACUGGACAUUUUAAGAAUCAUAAUUUACAUUCCUUUCAAAGACAAGCAGCGAAUAUGCGUGAACGUAGACGAAUGCAAUCAAUUAAUAAAGCAUUUGAAGGUUUAAGAUCACAUAUACCAACAUUACCUUAUGAGAAACGUUUAUCUAAAGUAGAUACACUUAGAUUAGCAAUUGGUUAUAUACAUUUCUUACAAGAAAUUAUUCAAUCUCAUUCAAAAGAUGAAAUAACUUGGAAAGAUAUCAAUACAAAUUCGGAUACAAAUUCAAAUCAUAAUGAUUAUGAUGAUGAUCAUGAUAAUGAUGAAGAUGAAGAUUGUAAUGAAGAUGUUCCAAUGGAAAAUGAUGAAAAUAAUAUUUUGAUUAAGAAAAAUGUAUUACAUUCUACAUCAUUUACAAAAAUGUCAUCUAUAUAUUCUGGUCAUUUAAAACAUGAUCGAUUACAAUCGAAUUGUUCAUUUACAAUGAAUAAAUUUCAUUCAAAUUAUAAUUUAAAAGAUGAAAGUAAGAUGAAUCGAGAAAGGAAGAUUAUUUUAAAUUUACCUAAAAAAUUAUUUGAAAUGAUGAUGAGACGAAGGGAUGAUACAAGAAUUUUUGAAGAUCAUUCUCAUAUUAAUGAUAAAACAAAAACAAUUAAUGAUCCCUAUUACCAGUCCGAACAAAUUCUUCUUGGACAUAGUUUAAGUUGGCAUCGUGAUAAUCCACCAUGGAGUCGAAAUAGUUCAUCGAAUUCUACUAAUAUUUUGGUCGCUAAAUUAUGGAUUCCAGAAAAACUUGAAUGUAUAAAGGCUAUUUAA